AUGAAGUCGGUCAUAAACCGAAUCUCCCACAGAAUACGAAAUUACUUAGCUGCCCGUCAUGAUCUUAAACACUUGAAAGCGUUAGCGUUUGGUAUAGCACUUAUGAGUUGCUUGUCUCUGGGCUCUAUAAUGCUCUUCUCUCUAUUUGCACUGGCCCUCCACAAUUCAGUGGGAUUGUCGUACACAGAGAUCAAUUUGAUUGUGUCAUUGUCGGCUGUCGGAAUGUACUUGUGCCUUCCUGGUCUCGGGUACUUGGCUGAUUGCCAUGGUCCUGCGUUGCUCUCGUUGAUUUCCAUCUGGGCCUUCUGUCCGGCUUACUUUGUCAAUUCCACCAUCGUCAAAUUUGUAGCUGAAGGAGAGCAGACACUUACUCCUUUGAGUAUCUUCAUGAUGGCUGUUAGCUUCUGCUUCAUCGGUUUGGCCACAAGCUCUUUGUACUUUUCUAGUUUGCUCACCUGUGCAAAAAUAUACCCAAACUACAGAAGCUUGGCCAUCUCGUUACCGGUGACCUGUUACGGUGUCUCAUCCUUGAUCGGAGCUCAGCUUUUGAAGCUCCAAUACUUUCACCAAAAGAGCGGCGUCCUUGACUUGUACAAGGUCUUCCGCUUCUUCUCCGUGCUCUACUUUGUGGUAGGCAUUCUCAAUUUCGUUUCGAACUCUAUUGUAUCAAUUGAGCAAGAAGUCAUUUUUGGCGACGAGGAGCCGCUUUUGUCCUCCAGCGAACAGUCUAGCCUCCAGGGAUCUGAGUCGUGUCUCCCUGAUGAAGCUUUGACACCACAAAGAUCUAUGAUUGAGCCCAUAAACCAUCAUGAAAGAUACGUUGCCUUUUUGAAGGAUAAGUCAGCCUGGCUCUUUUUGGUAUCUUUCUUCUUCUGCGUAGGGCCAAUGGAGAGCUUCCAGAACAAUUUGGGUCUGAUUAUUGCCUCGACGACGGGCAACUCGGCCAAUUUAGAAAACCAAGUGUCAGUGGUGGCUGCGCUGUCCACAGUUAUUAGACUUUUCGUGGGUGUGGCCGCAGAUUGGGUCUCAAGUCCCAGCAGGAAGUAUCGGUUGUCCAAGGUUUGGCUUUUGAUUAUCUUGGCGACAAUUGGAGCGAUCGGACAGCUCGGACCUAUGAUCGGUCUCGACUUCACCACUGUAUCUAUCUUUAACGGUGUGACAUACGGAGGUGUUUUUACGACAUAUCCUACUAUUAUAACCUCGAUCUGGGGAGUCGAUAUCAUGGGCUCCACCUGGGGCUCAUUUAUGGUUGCGCCAGCUCUAGGAAGCAUCUCAUUUUCGCUAUUGCACGGAGCGCAAAUGGAUAGGUGUCCAUCUGAUAUUGGGAUUGGUGGAAACAACGGAUGUUUGAACGACUACUUCAAGGUCACGGGCGCCAGUCUUGUUGCCAGUAUUGUGUGCAUAAUGAUUGUUUGGCGCUUCUUUUGGAUCAAACGAGGCAUUACUUCCUUGUAA